AUGGAUCGAAACAAGAACGGAUUCAUGGGCAUCUUCUGGAAAUGCGCGAGGAUAGGAGAAAGACUGAGCCCAUAUAUAAGUAUAUGCUGUGUCCUCAUGGCUGUUUCCAUCCUCCUGAACUAA